AUGGUGCAAAUAAAGUGUGAUGAACACAUACAAUUGAGUUUUCUGGCAGGCAUCAGGACCCUGAUAUCCUCAGGGUUCCCAGUCCCAGUUAAGGAGGGAAGGCAGGCUGCACAGGUAAAAGGGAAAGGGAGGGACAGAAACGAGAAUACAAUAGAUCAAGAAAUGCAGUUUGUGGAGCCCAGUCGUCAAUUUGUAAAGGAUUCCAUCAGACUUGUGAAAAGAUGUACAAAGCCUGACAGGAAAGAAUUUCAGAAGAUUGCCAUGGCAACAGCAAUUGGAGUUGUCAUUAUGGGAUUCAUUGGUUUCUUUGUAAAGCUCAUCCACAUCCCCAUUAAUAACAUUAUUGUUGGUGGUUAAGACUUUUCAACUGACCUCAUGCAGUUAGGGUGGGGAAUGAA